AUGUCUCUCCUUGCUAAACAUUUGUGUAAACACAAUAAUUGUUCCAGUCUGGUCAAUAUUCUUAAAAAGAGGAAUUUGACCACAAAUCCUAUAGUGGCUGUGGAGCAAGGUAAAUUGAAAGGAGCAGCAUCUAAACUCCUGGACGGAUCAGAGUACUACAGCUUCAAGGGUAUACCCUAUGCACAGCCGCCAAUUAGAGACCUCAGAUUUAAGGCGCCAUUGCCACCCAAAUCUUGGGACGGUGUAUAUGAAGCCACAAAACAUGGACCUGUAUGCCCCCAAUUAAACACAAUUACUGCAAAGGUGAUAGAAGGCAAUGAAGAUUGUUUAUAUCUUAACGUAUACACAAAAUCACUGGCACCCAGUGAUAAGUUGCCUGUAAUGGUGUUUAUCCACGGUGGAGCACUUAUGUCUGGAUCGGGUAAUUCUGAUGCGUAUGGUCCAGACUUUCUCUUACAACAUGAUGUUAUAUUGGUAACAUUAAACUACAGACUUGAAGUAUUGGGAUUUCUAAAUCUCGAUAUUCCUGAAGUACCUGGAAAUGCAGGUAUGAAAGAUCAGGUUGCUGCACUUAAGUGGGUAAAAAGUAAUAUUGCUAAAUUUGGCGGUGAUCCAGAUAAUAUAACCCUCAUUGGUGAAAGCGCUAGUGCAGCAGGAGUCACAAGUCACAUGAUUUCAUCAAUGUCCAAAGGAUUGUUUAACAAAGCCAUAGCACAAAGUGGAACCGUUAUGGAUGACUGGAUGCGGAAUAGAGACUCGCAAGCACGAGCUUUUAGACUUGGUAAAGUUUUAGGAAAAGAUACCGAUAACCCAGUAGACUUAUUGAAAUUCCUUCAAAGCGUCCCUGCUACUAAUUUCGCGGGAUCUACGCUCAAAAUAAGAACAUUCGAAGAGUCAAACAGAGGUGGGCCUAUACUCUUUACUCCUAUAGUUGAAAAGGAUUUUGGUAACGUGGAGCCUUUUUUAAAUGUGGAUCCAGUUAAUGCUAUUGCUUCUGGAAAUGUUAGUAAAAUACCUGUACUUACAGGUUACAAUUCUUUAGAAGCUAUUAUGAUGAUAGGGACUAUACGCAAAAAAGCAGAAUUUAGAAGCAAGAAUCCUGAUUAUCUCGUACCCAAAGAAAUUGUGUUUAAUAAUGUGUCAGCAGAGAAAUUGAAAGAAUUUGGAAAUCGUAUUAAAAAGUUUUACGUUGGCGACGGGGAAUUCAAUGAUGAUACAAUUGAGGCACAAAUUCAUAUGUUGUCUGAUUACCAUUAUACUUAUAGUAUUAACAGGUUUACAUAUUUGUACAGUAAAACUGAUCAGCCAAUUUAUAACUACGUACUAGAUUACAAUUCUGAUAUGAAUCUAUUUAAGAAAAUGCUGAAAGUAAAGCACAUUAAGGGGAUGUGUCAUGCCGAAGACCAGUUUUACUUAUUCUCUAAUAAAUCCACCACCGAUAUAUAUAAAGCGCAGGAGAAUAUUAGGAAUAUGGUGUAUACGCUGACAAAGUUAUGGACUAACUUCGCGAAAACUAGCGAUCCAACGCCAGACGAGAGCUUAGGAGUGAAGUGGAAUCCAUACACGCCAUCUGGCAAGGAAUACCUACAUAUCGGAGAGCCUCUCAGGAUGGGGCACGCUGCCAACAGUGAAAGAGUCGAAUUUUGGAACCAACUUUUCCGUGAUGCGGGACUCCCACAUGUUAUUUCUUCUAAAAACAAUUAA